GGGAAUGGCUAAAUUAUAUUAUCCCACAAUGCAAUUCUUUAAAAUUUCUCUUUGACCAGAUUUCAAAAUGGUUUAUAAUCGUUUUGUCGAAAUUGGACGCGUAGCGUUGAUAAACACUGGGCCCGAAGCCGGCCGUUUGUGUGUCAUUAUGGAUGUUGUUGAUCAAAACCGGGCGCUAGUUGAUGGUCCAUGUACCAACGUUACUCGUCAAGCUUUGGCAUUCAAACACAUGUCACUGACAGAUUUUAAAAUCAAGGUGCCUCGUUCUGCUGGCACUGGAAUUGUAAAGAAAAUCUUCCUUGAAUCUGAAAUUUCAGAAAAAUGGGAAAAGACCGCAUGGGCAAAGAAACUGGCAACAAGAAAGAAGAAGAUGUCGAUGACUGACUUCGAUCGUUUCAAACUUAAGAUUGCCAAGCAAAGGAAAUCAAGAAUUUUGAAAGCUGAAGUGAAAAAGCUAAAAAAGGAAUUGAAAUAAGAAAUGUUGAAGGAAAAUAAAACAUUAAAUUUGUUGAUGUUUAA